AUGAUUAAAAGUAAAAUAGUUGCUCCUACACUUAUUUCUCGUGGUCUCAUUAUUCCUGAAUUACAUUUUGGAUCUUUUUCAUGUAAUUGGUGGUUGGAAAUAAUUACUGACAAUGGGCAAGAAUCAUUUCCUAUAUACGUAGGAAUGUCAAUAGUAACAGAAUUAAUUGGUCAAAAUUUCACUGUACAUGUUUUUAAAGGUAGUGAAGGUCAGCCAGGAUAUAUUUGGGAGUCUGGUGAAGAAAAAGAUCAUAUAACCAAAGAUACACACCAGGAACUUGUUGAAGAAGCAAAUAAUAAUAAUAAUUUUACACUUGAACAAAUUCUAAAAGUAGAAAUUGGAUAUCCAGAUGUUCAUCUGCAAUGA